AAUGUCAGUCUAAUUAUCACUACUUGUUGUUGUAUAGCCCAGUCGCCAGUGUGAUAAAAUACCAGUUUAAUAUUUUAUUCGCACGUUUUAAAAUAAGUUUAAUUAUGUCAAUUGUUGUGUAAAACUUAAAGUAUAUAUUUGUAUACGAUAAGUGUGAACAUAAAACGCAAUAAUAAAAAGUAAUAAACGAUCGGAUUCCUCGAACAUAUUAUUCACUGAUCGUGUUAUAAUGGUUAAGGCAAGAAAAUACGUCGUCAAAAGGCAUUUUCAAGGAGUUCCCAAAAAGGAUGACUUUGAACUUGUCGAAUAUGAAUUGCCACAGCUGAAAACCGGUCAGUUCUCAGUGAAAGCGGAAUGGAUCAGCGUCGACCCUUAUUUGAGAGCGUACAACUCUAGUACACCCACUCCCUACGACCAGUUUGGCUUUCAAGUAGGUACAGUUACAGAGUCAAAGAACCCAGACUUUCCAGUUGGAUGCAGGGUGGUUACCCAUAAGGGAUGGUGUGACUACAGCGUGGUUACCAAUUUAAAAGAAACCUACAGCCAUGUAUAUAUAUUACCAGAUCUUCAAGGUCUACCCCUUGAGUUGGCUUUGGGAGCCUUAGGCAUGCCUGGAGUCACCGCCUACUUUGGCUUUCUUGAAAUCUGUAAACCGAAACCUGGCGAGACCGUGGUUGUAUCGGGAGCAGCGGGUGCCGUCGGAUCUAUUGUAGGACAGAUUGCAAAGAUUAAAGGGUGCAGAGUUAUUGGAUUCGCUGGCUCUGAUGACAAAGUGCAAUGGCUCGAGAAGGAACUAGGAUUCGACAAAGCUAUAAACUACAAGACAGCGGAUGUUAGCAAAGCUUUAAAAGACGCAGCUCCAAAAGGCGUAGAUUGUUAUUUUGACAACGUAGGCGGGGAGCUGACUGCUGCAAUUUAUAAGCAAAUGAAUUUGUACGGAAGAGUUGCUCUCUGUGGUUGCAUUAGUUCGUACAAUGAGGAUCCAACCACGUAUAAGACAUCAUCACUGCUGCCGCUCAUCUUAUUCAAGCAGCUAAAAGUGGAGGGUUUUAUAGUAUCCAGGUGGUCUGAACCAGAAAACAGGUGGCCAGAGGCGAUCACAGCUCUAGCUCAGUGGAUAAAACAAGGUAAGAUAAAAACAAGAAGUCAUGUAACUGAAGGGUUUGAUAAGCUAUAUGAUGCCUUCGUCGGCAUGCUCGCUGGAGAAAACACGGGGAAGGCUGUUGUAAAAGUUUGAUAAUGUGUUACUAACGUAACUAUAUUAUAAAUAAUUACUGUCAUUAUUGUUGUAUUUUCCUUGUUAUGUAUAUGACUUGCUGUUCUUACCAAAACAAUGUAAUUACGAUUAUCAAGAAAACAAUAAUAUAAUGUUAUCAGAAAUAAAUAAAAUAUUGAAAUUA